AUGGAAAACGCGCACGCCAACUACGUCGACGUGAAGCCGAAACCAGCCCAAAUGUGCCUGUUUCCAACCUCGAUGCGAGCAAAUACCACUCCACGCCGAAGAACAAAGCCCAGGGUUAUACUAGGUCGCCGCGUCCGGCAACAGGCCAUCCCGACAGACCCUUCAGUCAUGCCAUUCAUGUUCAAGCUGCGGCGACUCAUUCGCCCUGGUCUCACUGUUGCGUUUCCUCUUCCCUACGCCAUCUUCACGACGUCCUUUGCGAUCCUCAACGGCGCUCCUUUGCGAUCAUGGGCUGCUCCAUCCCACUCUGACGACCCUACCACCUCGAGCCAGCGAGAUGACACUGGCUACAUCCCGAGUCCUGAAAGGUGUGAAGUGUCCUACGACUCUGCUGGCCAUGGCAAGGGCAAAAGGAAGGCUAGGGAAGAGGAUUACUCAGAGCCUAAGAGCAAGAAACGUGCGAUAAGUGUCGACCGGGACGCUUUCACAUCACACACAAAUGAAAUUGAUUUUGAUGAGAGCUCGUCCAGACCCAGCAGAGCAAUAUGGACAAAGGCAGAGCUGGAUCGAACCUUGAUGCCGCCUCCAUCAACUCCUCGAAAUCGGACGAUGUCGUCGCUCACCCUGCAGGUCGACCCUGACACGGUGCAUGACCCUCACACGACGUCUCACGAUGAUGACUCGAUAUCGUUCGUGUCGACUGCAAUAUCGCGGCGCAAGAUCGAUUCAAUAGAUACCGACGCCAUGGAGGAAGCCAGACGACAUGCUGCUGCUGUGACUUUGCCUGCCAACUCAGGGCUUUGGUCCCAGACAGAACGCGAAUUGUUCUUCCACCUCGCCUAUCGUGGUUUCGAAGCCCUCCUUCCCCAGAACUGGAUGAUCGACUUCGACACAUUACCGAUCAGUGUCUUUGCGCACGAGAACUCGGUAGACCCACCACUCAUCCAAAACCUCCGAGACAAUCAAUUCAGAGCGAGCCAUGCCCUCCGUCGACUCUUCGAGGCUGGCCAUGACAUUCGAGACAGAACCCACGUCAGCCCGGGGGCCUUGAGAGAACGAAUCCUGGAGAACUCCGUGAAAAGGUACAUCUAUUGGGCUCUGACAGAUGUCGGACUUCGCCCAGCAUCAAGCACCAAAUACAUUCCGGUCCACGCUGUCGUCGCAAGAAAAAAGGGCCGAUCUACACUACAGACUCUUGAGGAGAUUGCGAAUAAGCUACAACGGCUCUCGCAGCGCCAUCAAAGAGCUCAGAAUAUUCUGCCAAGCAUUGAGACCGAUCCCCCGGGCUUCAGUGACCCAACCGAAACCCGAGUUGUCGAAGAGGACGCAUCAUUACCUACGCUCAUCGGCUUCGUUAUUAUCUCAUCGGUACUUGUCAUUGUUACUCUUAACUCCUCCCCAGCGUCUACACUAGAAAAGCAAACACCGUCUCCCCUUAUCAGAGAACCUUCACUUCAAGGCGGUGUAAGCGUCAACGCCGACCGACUUCGGAUUAUCGCAGAAUUGGAUUUCAGCCAGAGAGAUCAAGACGUAUGGAAUGCACUAGGUGUAGCAAUCGUGGCGAUGCAGGUGCGUACAGAGGCCCUGAAAGUGAAUCGGAGGUCCACAUCUGUUGAGUUGACCGAAAUUGGUUGGGAGCCCAUGCCGGACCCGGAUUCUAGGCUUGAGGAUGAUUUUGAGCGUUCGAGCUCUGUGUCAAGGUUACAUUUGAUUGAUGAUGACCCCGACCUCUAG